AUGGAACCAGGAUAUCAUUUGACUAAACAAGUUGGGCCAAUCAAUGACCAACUGACUACCAACCCUACCACGACCUUGACACCACGGACGGCUGCUAGCAAGUCGCCAGGAUUCUGGCAAGACCAUCCCGAGUUCGAAGGUCGCAGCACACACUCCAAUCAAGUACUCAAACGCCUCAAAUACUUCACAACGGAUCCCGUCGCCCCGUUCGAAGAGUCCUCGCCCAACAACACACCCACACGCUCGACCGAUGUCAAGCCAACGCUUGAUUUGUCACGUGCCGAAAUAGCGUCUCUGUCCCGCUUCCAUCGACCCGUACGCUUCCAGUUCCUGUCAAAUAUACAGACACUCACGCUGGCGUACAAUUUCUUGAGCGAUAUAAAGCCCUUGGCUGGCAGCUUACCCGCAUUGCAAGUACUGGAUCUGUCAUACAAUCAGCUUACCUACAUGGAUGUAGAGACAUUCGCCUCGUUGCCCCUCUUAAGGUGGCUGUCCCUGGACGGCAAUGACUUUGCAUCAUCCAGAUUGGCAUUCAAUCCCUCGGGCGAGAACCAGGACAGGCUUGUAGCAACUGUACCCUCUCUCCAGGCGCUGAGUUUACGCAACAACGAACUCCAGAGCAUCCGAGUGCACGGUGUAUCGUUCGCGCGAGCGUUCCCGAACCUGCAAGAUCUGAAUGUGGAUAGCAACAGCAUCACCACCUUAGACUUGCGGGAGCUGCGUUCCCUGCGGGCGGUAUCCAUCGCCAACAAUCUCCUGGGCCGGUCUGCAGAUCCGCGUUCUGUGGACUUGCACCUGGCCGAUUGGGCGCAUGAGUGCCUCUGGCUGCCGGACACUACCGAGAGGGUGGUAGUAGACCACAACUAUCUGCAGUCCAUCACUGGUCUCUUGUGUCUCCCAAACUUGAAAGUGCUGAAGGCGUCCAACAACCGCCUGUCCUUCACGGGAACGCGAGAGGGAUCUGAAGCCAACGACACGCGUGCACACGCACAGGGAAGCAUACACAGCACAUUGAACGAGCGCUCUCCGAGGCGGCACUUCCAAUUCCGUCUACCUAACGGGACAUCGCCGCUGCGCGUGCUGGAUUUAUCGAACAACCACUACAGCACCCUGGACUUUCUGACAGCCCAGGCCAAGCCCUUUGAUGCAAUAGAUCACUCGGGCACCCACCCGUCACGUACCCACGCACUGGCCCAGACCCAAGCAUACUCGUUCCACAAACUGGCGGUGUUGCUGGCAAACAAUAACCGGCUCGAGCGCCGUGAGUGUGUGCUGAACAUCGUGCAGCACCUACCCGAGCUGGCAUACCUCGACACCAGAGACAAUCCGUUCUUGCUCACCACCCUCUUUUCCGCUGCUAAGCGAUCGGAGAUGCCUGUGGACGGCUUAACAGGCACACUCAGGGUCUCCGAUACCUCUAAACACCCCACUCAUCCACGUCCGUACUCCGAUAGUCCAUCUCGGCAGGGCACACACACUCUCACGCACACUCACACUCGCGAGGAUACCGGCCUGCUUUAUACUGGUCUUGCUAGUGAUUUGGCUGUACCGUUCCGAGACGCGCGUAUCAAGUUGGGUGAGCGAGUGGUGGAUGCUCGUGUGGCCGUCACCUCCAGUACUGUGCAGAUUGACAAGUUUAUCAGCACUCUGCCGGUACCGCAGAAACAGGCGUUCCUACAACACCGCAGAGACGUGCGCACACUCGCCCACCACGGCUCGACUACCAAGCUGCAGUUUCUAGACGGGUUCAUUGUGCUGCCAGGCGUCGAGGACAAGCAGCUCAUAGCCAUGAAUGCAACCAGCUUCACCCCGUCGGUCCCAGAUCACACACAGCCGCCGCCGAAAGACCAAAUGCGAGCCCAUGGGAGCAACCAGAAUGGUUCUCUAAGCGCUAAGAUACAACCCAGUGCCAUUGCAACAGCUAAACACAGUAACACACACUCCCCAUCUGCACAAGAGGGUAGCGAGUUCCCCUCGCUGAGCAAACUGGCCCGCGCCCUGGCUUCAGUGAAAGACCCUGCGCGUGCACAUGGCCUGUCUUCGAUGUACGCGACAACUGUACCGACUGUAGCGACCGAAGCCAACGGCCGUUCUAACCAUGGUAUGCACGCAGAUGCACACAACGGCUCUACACUCCCUCAGGAGGGCGACGUAGAGCACACCAAGGAUAGUACUGGUAGCACCAACCGACCGCAGGGGAGCUCGCCAAUAGACCCGAACUCGGGAGACGUGUCCUUCAUGAAGUUACCCACUCUGUCCAGCACAGCCGGGGAUGUGGGGGUGACUGGACCCGCAGGAAACGGUCCAGAUGGUGUCCACAACAUGCCCGCGAGCCUAAACCUAAACCGUAUGCACUGCGAGAGCGGCCGUGCCAAGCCGGAGCUAGGUAUGGCCAUGAGCUCGAAUGCUACCGGUUUGCCCGAGAGGGGUACAACCUGGGCUGCCUCAGGACAAGCCCAGCGUAUACCUGCGAAGGAGUGUGGGACUGUGGGGCCAGGCGGUCCCAUCUCGUUUGUGCAUGUCAGCGAUGCGAACGAGCCAGAUACCGCUCAGCGCCUGGGCGGGAACAGCUGGAAUUCACCACGUGUCCAGACACACAGCAAGUUACGCGAGACUUCUACUCGGUCACCCUCGCCGAUAAGUACGAAUGUGUAUGCGCCCUCCAGCUCCCAUCUCGCCACAGACACGUACACGUACACGCAGCCAGAAACCGCGCACCCACGCACACGGCUGCAACCCGUCCCGACAGCGUAUGGUGGACAAUUAAGGAGUACGGUGCCCCCGUCGCCUCCGUCAGACGAACAGUUGCUCGCGACCCUCUCCUCAGACUCACUGAGAGAUGCGGUCCGGCGAUUCCUCGGAGUGACCAAAAGCGACUCAACUCGCCACACGGGUAACUGUAUGAACCAUUGCACACGCGUACACGCCGAUGACAUGUCGCAUCAGCGGCGAGCUAAUGUACACGUUAGCGCGGCGCCCUCACCACUGAAGACAAACAACAAGACCGAUGCGUCGAUCUAUGCACACGCCACAACACCUUCUCGCCCGAGCGCGGGGUCGAGGUCUACGUAUGCAUACGCUAAUGGGGGCCCUCUGGGCUUCACACCCGAGAGUGCCGGCGAGACACCGACGACUGUGGGUGGAGAUACACCGCUGCACCAAGAAACACCUGCGUCUGCGUCUGGUACGGUUGGAACCAACUAUUCCCCGCGAGCCAACAUCGAGUUUGAGGAGGACACGCCGAAGGCGAAUAGUGGUAGUAACAGUCGCCCAAGAAUGAGUCAGCAGGCAGAUGCACCUCACGAGGGUACCGGAAGGGAGGGUACUGGCUUCAAAGCGCCUCUGAGACAUAGAAGGGACAAGCGAUCCGACUACGCUGAAGACACUGACACCAUCAAUGCAGCUAGCGGGCGGGAGAGGAACCGGAAUUCCGGGAUGAAUUCCGGGACACGGAUGUCGCCAGCUAGUGCCGGGUAUGAUAACGAGGCUUUGGAGAUGGAGCUGGAGUAUACGGAUGACAGCGACACGCGUGGGAGUAGUGGGACGCGCAGAAGGCCACACAGACGCGAUUCAAACCCGCCAUCCAACACUGACGAGGACAGGCGUGUGAGAAAUUCGCCUCGGCGAGAGGGUAAGAGGCGGACUGGUCAGGCCGUAAUAUCAGCGGAGCGAGUCGACAGUAGUGUGGCUGUCGCGGGCGAGAAGGGAUGGCCACAUGUUCCCGCGGGAUUCGGAAGGAGCGCGACACUGAUCAAAUCGUACAUGCAGGAUAGCAAUACGAUCGAUGCCACUACCCGGCGGCGAGAGUCAUCCCUUCUAGAGCUGGAAAGCGUCCUGGACAUACAUGAUCCGAGGCUUCAAUCGAACGGGCGGUAUAUCGGCAGAUCUAACAAGAAAAAAGACUAUUCGGCCGCUCCUUCAAGAUUGAAUCAGGACAAAAUAAAAUCAUCCCGUGGUACAAGACGAGGUCCAAUACAACCUUUAAAUGAUCACAGUCAACAGACGCUCUACAAUCAAGCACACGCUCGCGACUAUGACCAGGAUAGCAACAACUUAGGCACUCGCGACAACCCACAAGGUCGACAGAGGUCUGGAAGACAGUCUGUGGUGUUCCACGAUGAUGUGGAAAUGCUCGGCUCACCUCGUACAUCGAAUGGGGGCGGCUCGCAUUCUAUGUCUGACGAGCUUCUAUAUAGUUCUCGGGUAUUGCAUAACCGUCCGCACAUGACACAAAUAAGGCCAGUAACAUCGCCUGCGCCACAAAUGCGCUCGGCAAUUUACCGUGGAAGAAAUACCGGCGUUGGCUAUGGUUACACACAAACCAGAGGGACGAGCACGGCAGCGAAAAUGGACUCUGGUAGGAACACAGGUGAUUCGCAGAAGGCGGAUAUAGUUGUACCUCAGUGCACGGACAGCUCGCGCUUGCUGAAGAUGAUGCGACGGCUAUCAGCGGAAUUGGGUUCAGACCAACAGCAGAGUGGCCCACCUCCCGUGAACGCAGUGGUGAAGGGUGGGUCCUACGAAUGCGAUACAGUUCGGGGAUAUAUAGAAGACAUGUGCAAGUGUACCCCUUCGGUAAUGAAGAGUUAUAAUGACGUACUGAACAUCCGGAUCACACAGCUGACGCGUACGUUCAGCCCCGAUCGGUUAGAACGAUUCGAGCGUAUAGGCGGAGGCACAUCAGAAUUUCUUAAUGACCUCGGCUCGAGUUCAGGGGUUGGUGCUUCCCAGUCCAAAUUACACGCACUUAUAUAUGCCGACACGGGGAAAACGCUGGCAAGAUUGGUGAAACAUGGAUUCUCGGUGAGGAGUUCGACAACCGCGCCCUUGAUACUCGAGGCGGGUGUUUCACGUGCGGUUUCGUUCGCACAGCAGAACAAUAGUCGUGGAACGGUAAGCUGCUUGCUCGUGCUUGCCAAUUUGGGUAUGUGCUGCACGAACUUCUCUGGCGACUACAAAGACUUCAUGCAAUCAUGGGAGACUCAGACGGUGGAGCUGCUGACCAAAGGAUACGAUUCGGUUCGUUUGGCGAUCCGGGCCGAUGCUCGGGGUCCGAGGGGAGAUACAGCGUAUGUGUAUGUCCUGUUUUCGCACUUUCGACUGGCCGCGAUUUAUUCCUGUAUAUUCACUCUACAGUAGUAUACUGAUAAAUAAUCUUUAAAC